AUGCACUUCCCAGCAGCCUUAUCUUUAUCUGUCCUAUCCCUCAUCUCAAUCACAACCGCCACUGCAAUCCCUCCUUCGACCAUACCAUCUUCCAGCCCCAACCCCAAUCUCAGUAGACGAACGGGAGACGACGGUGCUUUCCGUCUCAAACUACUCAGCAACACCUCGCAUUGCCUCGGAGAUGUAUUAGGUGAAGGUUACGUCAGAAUGCCAUAUCUGAGAACGGGGAAUUGCGAUGAGGGAGCAGAGAAGUGGGCUUGGAAUACCGCUUUCCCAGGUAGUUUCACCGUCUAUAAUCCCUCGAACGCAUUUGCUUUGGGAUCUGUUGAUCCUAUUGGGGAUGAUCAGAAUGUGCAAUUGACAGAACCUGAUACCUCCAAUACUGGACAAAAAUGGAUGAUGGAUGAUCAAGGUAGAAUAUCCGUUGGUGAUCCAAGUUCCACAUCAACGCCGAAAUACUGUCUGAGCGCCAUUGAAGGUAUUGACAUUGAUAAAGUUACCAAGGAUUCUAUUCGGUUAUACCCUUGUGUUGAAGGUGAAGAAGAUCCUAAUUCAGAUAUUAAACAACGAUGGACGAUCGAUUUUAACACUCAAUGA